AUGAGUUACGUAGUGCUGCGCUAUCUCUUGUGCCUUCGGCUUCCCUUUUUUAAUCGAAACCUGCGUGGGUUAGCUUCUGAAGUGUUGGAGAGUGAAACGCCGGCCGACGUUGCACCGCAGCCGCUUCAGUCAAAGAAAGAGAUUAAGCCCCUCGUCAUCCCUGGUCUGACGUCCACAAAAACAGGAAAGAUUGAGACCUUUCAACCAAAGUUUUCCGAAAUUCAUGAACAACAGAUCGAGGACGAUGACUGGUCAACUGUAUGGCCCUGUGAAAAUUUCUUCAGUCCUUAUGUCUUCCCAGUUCCUAUCCGCCAAGGCCAUAGCAAGAACUUGGUGGAGAACAGUGGUUUGUCUCCAGCAAAAUAUGCGAACGCUGAACUCCUCAAAAUUCCUAAUUUUCUUCAUCUCACCCCACGCCAUAUUGAAAAGCACUGCAAGGCAUUGCAAAAAUUCACUACCAAGUGGCCUAGCGGUCUUCGCACUGAUGAAGAUGUGGAUCGUCAUUAUCCUGUGGAGAUAGUGACACAUUCUUUCACGAACAGUGCUCCAUCCAUUCGUGACAACCGAGCCAGACGGGUGACUAUUCGGGUUUCACUCAAGUGGCUAGGUCUGGAUGAGCGCAGUCGACUGAAACUUCUACGGUUGGCGAAAAGCUAUGGUUUUGAGCGUGGAAUGGCCCAAUUCUAUUCUGACGAGGAUGUCCUGGAAUUAACCUCAGAGAGGUGUCCAAUAUCACUUCAAAAUUACGAUUACCUCAUCUAUGUUUUCACUGUGCUCACUAUGGAAUCGAAGAAACACGAGCCCUGGGAAGAAGAAGAAACGGGUAGUUAUUUGGACUUCAAAUGGGAGCGCUCCAAACAACGUACUCGCAUUUCCAAGCUUCUCGGACUUCAAGACGAUCUCUCCAAAGUCGAUGAGGUGCCGGGCGUGAAAGCCUACCGUGCAGCAUUGGAGGCGAUCUUCCACACCCCAACAGAGGAGAAUACGGGUCCCUGGCAGCACCCCAAGAAGCAGCCAAAGCCUCGUCACUACCACUGGCCGGAAAUUAAAGAUGUGGCCUUUGAACCUGUGGUUGGCGCUGACGUUGAAGCCAAUCUGGAGGCCUAUGCAGCGGCUGUGAAACGGCUGUAUACGGAGAAGGUUUCUUAG